AUGAGUCUUGGUCGAUGUAACCUGGCGGCGCCCAUCCCUCUCCAGGCCGCCAGCCACAGCCGAAGUUCCCCCAUAACCUGGAGGGACGCAUUGGCCCUGGACACAUGGUCGUUGAGCUAUUCUGGAAGCCCUUCCGCCCUAGCCGAUGUGCCAGAGGUUCAGUCCAUCUCUCUGGACGGGUUCACAGGUAACCCGUAUAAUGACAGCAGUCCUAUUUCUGUGACAGGUGUAAUAAGGGCGUGGCCCUCAGUGGACAGCUUAACAUGGGGCAUCAGAAAUGAUCGCUUCACAAACCAGUUUAUCCCUUUAGGUCAGUCAGUGAACUUAAUCUGGCUAGUCAGAGAAAAAAGGACGGCUGACUGUGAGAUAACAGAGGUACUUACUCUACAGAACCCGGACUGUACCGAUACAGGGAAUAAGUUCUCACUGUAUGCCAAGAAUGAACAGGGCAACUCUACCAUCAAAACGUCACAGAACAAUAUCACAGUUUUAUGUUCCCCUCGUCUUGCUGAUGGUGACACAGCCAAUCAGACCUAUAGAGUCUGUGAAGGGUCACCAAUCAACAUGUCAGCCAAGUUUAUAUCGGUACCUGGACCGGAUAUAUUAUGGUACCGACUACCAAAUACUACCAGAUACCUACACCAGGACCGCUAUAACAAUAGUAACAGGGCUGUGUAUUACACCACAACUUACAGCAUACAUGCCGUCUAUAAGUACAUGUUUGGCAGCUACGUUGUGGAAGCAGAUAAUUACAGAGGUCCAAGAGUCAGAGCUUACAUUGAACUUCUGGAAGUCUUCAACUGUUUAGGUAUAUUAUUGAACUAAAUGAUGAUGAAUGAACAUGAACUUCUGGAAGACUUCAACUGUUCAGGUAAAUUAUUGAACUAACUGAGAAAUCAAACCGUUCAGGUAUAACAUUGAGGACUCCAAUCGAACAGGAAUAAUACUGAACAUAUUUAGGACUCAAACUGUUCAGU